UAGAAUAUAUACUUUUUAGGAUUUGCUUGGGGAAUAAGAACACUAUUACAAAAGAUUUAUAGAAACAAAUGAUAUAGAGGAUUGCUAAUUACUUUUAAUUGUUAUUACGAUGUAUUUAUAUUAAAGGGGUAUCAUACGGGUACAUCUGGGUGUAUAUAACAAAUUCUAAUAUAGAGGAUGGUCAACAUGAUUAAAAAUAUUAACAAUGUGUAACAAUGUUUAGUAGUAUAAUAAAAAAAUUUAAAGUAAUAAUAAAAAUAAACAUAAAAAUAAAAAUAAAAUCAUGUUAAUCAUGUAUUACACGAGUCAACUCGCACGAGUCGUGUAGGGAAAUUACGAGUUACAGACCGAGUAACUCAGAUGUUGACGCGUCUGCUUUAGUCCUUUAUUAGUCGUCUACUCUUUUAUGAUCCAUUCAAACUAUGACUUAGUCAUACAACUACUAUUAUAAUUAUAUUUAUAUUCCAAUCUAAAUUAUAAUACAAACUUUUCUUUACAUUAUUAUUCCUAACGCGUAAAAUGGGUCUAUAAACAUAACUUAAUUUUCUACAUAACAUUAUAAAAACCCCCUUAAAUAAAUUUCAUUUUUUUCAGCUCAUUCUACCUUACUCUUCUUCCCUAACAAUGAAACCAUCAUUUCUAUGGCUUUCCCAUUUCGAUUCCCUACUUUUUUCUUCAUUUUAACUUUUUGUUUCCUUUGUUUUCCUCAAUUCAAUUCCCUUUCCUCUGUUUCCAUUUCCUACACCUCUAACCAAACACUAGUUUGUGCAUUAGUACCUUCAUUGAACAAACAAUCAUUCAUCAACUGUACUAGUUUCCCAACCGGAAUCCGAAUCCCUUUCCCUAAUGUAUCAUACUCAAGAAUUGUGGGAGGAAAGGGAUUCCUUUGUGCAAUGAGAUCACAAUCUCUUGCAUCAUCUAAUUCAGUCAUGGAAUGCUGGAGGUUCUUAGAUGGUGUUAAUGGGACUAACAUGUCACAUAAAAGAAUUUAUCGCGGUCCGGUUUUGAGUGAAGUUGAAGCUGGGAAUUCACAUGUUUGUGGGAUUGUAAAUAGGACUAAUAAUAUCAAUUGUUGGUUGUGGGGAGAUUGGAAAUCUAAUCCCAGAGAAAGUUUUUCCAGCAUUGCUGUUGGUAAUGAGUUUCAUUGUGGUUUAGAUAGUAAUAAUGGUAGCAUUGAAUGUUCAGGGAAUGAUAGUAAAGUUGUGGGAAAAGAGCCUAAAAAUGGGAAUUAUAGUGUUAUUGCAGCUGGAUCACAACAUGCUUGUGCAAUAUCUUUAAAUGGAGGUUUAUCUUGUUGGGGAAGUGUGGUAGGAAAUCAACCAGAUGGUGUGUUCAAGAAUUUAGCUUUAGGAGAUAACCGAGGCUGCGCUGUGCGUGUCAAUGACACGGUUGUUUGUUGGGGGGACGACGGUUUUAGGAUGCCUACGACAUUGGUGGAGACGGAUUUCAUAGGGAUUGUAGCUAAAGGGAGUGUUUUUUGUGGUGUUGUUGCUUCGAAUUAUUCGGUAUUGUGUUGGGGGAAUAGCACUCUUAAUGGGAAUCAGUUGGUUUUUGCUAGGGUGAUGCCUGGACCUUGUACUAGUUACUGUCCAUCAUGUGAUCCUUUGCCAGGAUAUGGUGACUAUUGUGAUUUGGGAAUGAUGGUGUGCCAACGUUGUGAUCCGAAGGCGCCUUCAUUAUCUCCUCCGUCUCCAGACUCGAAGUUGGAGCCCUCAGAUAAUAGCAAUGGUUGGACACCUAAAAUGGUUGUGUUCUUAGUAGUAGGCUGUUUAGGGUCACUUUCAUUGGUAUCAUCUUUGGUGUUUUUCUUGUGUAGAUGUCACGGAAGUGGGGGAAGCCGGGUGCAUGAUUCAGGACCUAUUGAGCUAGCCGAGAAUCCCCAAAUACCACGACGUGAGCCACAAGAUCAACAAGUGGCUCCACCGGUGUUGGAAAAAAGGUUAAGCCAUAUGUAUAGCUCGGGCAAUGGAGGACACCUCGAGGAAUUUUCUCUAGAGGUCUUAGUGAAAGUGACUGACAACUUUUCUCAAGAGUAUAGAAUCGGUAUAGGUAGUUUUGGAACAGUCUACCACGCAAUAUUAGAAGAUGGAAGAGAGGUGGCAAUUAAGCGAGCAGAAGUUUCCGCCUCGAGUGCAAUGGUAAUCAGGCGUAAGCAAGAAGACAGGGAUGUUGCAUUUAUGGCUGAGCUCGAGUUUCUCUCGAGGCUCAACCACAAGCACCUUGUUAGGCUACUAGGCUUUUACGAAGAUGCAAAUGAGAGAGUGCUUGUCUAUGAGUUCAUGAGUAAUUGUACCCUACAUGACCAUCUUCACAAAUUUAAGGGCUCAUCUCCACUUGCAUCAUGGCCAAAUCGACUUCAGGUGGCACUUGAUGCAGCUAGGGGGAUCGACUAUCUGCAUGCCUAUGCUGUGCCACCUAUCAUACAUCGUGACAUUAAACCUUCAAACAUUUUGCUAGACAGUAAUUGGACAGCCAAGGUGUCGGAUUUUGGGUUGUCAUUGAUGGGACCCCAAGACGGGGAGUCUCACCUGUCUCUUUGGGCUGCUGGUACUUUAGGAUACGUUGAUCCUGAGUACUACAGACUCCACAUAUUGACUACAAAGAGUGAUGUCUACAGCUUUGGAGUAGUACUCUUGGAAGUACUUAGUGGAUACAAAGCCAUCCAUACCAAUGAAGAAGGUAUGCCAAGAAAUGUAGUGGAUUUUGUGGUGCCAUACAUUAUGAGGGGUGAAAUCCACAGGGUGUUGGACCCAAAUGUGCCGCCUCCAACACCAGUGGAAAUAGAGGCAGUGCAGUUCAUAGGGUACCUAGCCGUGGAUUGUGUCGGCCUAGAGGGCCGAAGUCGACCAUCAAUGUCAGAGGUAGUAAGUUGCUUGGAAAGAGCCUUGGCGGCUAGUUUGGUUCAGCCAACACUGACCCCAUCUUCGACUGGAUCCUCACGAUGACGAUUUCCUUGGAAGCUCAAGGAUCUGUUAGGAGAGACAAGUCCAAUGUUUGAUAGGAAGGACUUUUCAACUUUGUAAAUCAUAUUUUUUCAAUUGUAAACUUUGUAAAUUAUUUCAAACGUCAACAGAAUUUUUCCAUCCACUACAAAGAAAAAAAGAACUUUCCUUCGGAA